UUGUUUAUUUAUUUAUUACAUUAUCUAUUUCGUUAUUUAUUUAUUUAUAUCCUUAAUAUUAAUUUUUGUCGCGGUGAUAUCUCUGUUUAUUUAUAUAUUCCGUUUGUGGUUUUAGUAUAGGAAGUAUUUAUUUUUUUUUGUAAGUGAUGUGCAAGGAUAGGGAUUUUGGGAACAGGCACGACCACCAGCUGAGGUCGAUGGGUCCUCCUGGAGGAGACGAAGAUGCUCUUUGGCCAACGGACGUAGAGGGUGCUGCUCGAGUAGAGCGUGAGCAACUGCUCGAGCUAGGCGGCGGGAACUCGGCAAAAUCACGGAUCGCUUCGGAGGAAAGGUCGGCAGUGAAUGUGGCGAUCGCGCAGGCGGCUGAGACGUACCGAAAGGCACAGGAGGCGGGAGUGAGUCAGUCGAUACGGGAUGAAAUCCGUGAAGGAUUCCUGGAGUUGAUGAAGCUCCUGAACGACGCUCUCAGGCCAGCAGAUCUAAGGCCUUCUCCCGCGGCCAAAGAACAGACGGAUCGGCAGCAACAGCCAGCAGCAGCGGAAUCAAAGUCGUCGUUGCAUCACAGGCAGGACGCCAUUCCAAAGGGAAGCAGACCGUGUCCACCACCUCCAUUGGUCCCGCCGAAGCCAAAGCGAAGAGUGGACAUAUCGGCGGAUUGGGCCGGCACCAGUCCAAGUUAUCCUCCGGAGGCCGAGCGAUACAGGGGGCCGGAUGGAAAUGGCCAAACCUGGCGCAUCGAAGACCACAGGGCUGGCGACUUUCCAGACGAGGAUUACAAGCGUCCAUGGCGGAGGUAUUAAAACACUUCCAUGCGUUCCUCACCGGCCGAGACAAGGAGUGGUACCACGUACGUCAGUCCAGAGUCGUCCAGAUAUCCGUCUGUAAGAUGAGAAGUCUACAUAAAGUACACGAGCGCACAGAGACGGAUGCGUAUACUUCCCGGCAAGCGUGGGCCCCGCGUUGGGCGCCGUACGAACUGCCUGUAUUCCUGGUCUCCUCCAAAGCUACCAAGUAUUUCUUCGUUCCGCCAAACCUCGUUGUAGCGCCUCUCGAAAUCCUUGGUUGAUGUUGCAGUUGGAGUCGAUUCCAGGAGGAGCUAUCGAUAGGCUAGAUGAAGUAGCGAUGGUUAGGGCAGCGCCACCCUUUUGGGCCUCGGGCAGAUCAUGUAAAAUGUAAACAUGUAACCUGGGCUUAGGAUUUCUCUUAGAUGGCCUUGGGGAUGUCCGUUGACCCAUCUUCGAGAGAGCCUGGGGAAAGAUGGUAGGGAACAUGGCGUGAUUAUACGGAUCACCGGUAGUAGUACAAGAAAAGACGGACACGAUAGACGUGGGAAUUUAACCUCGUAGUGGUUGUGCAAAUUUUUGUGAAAAAGUCCCCAUCCAGAGUCUGCCAUGAGCCGUCUCCUGGACAAGCCCAACAUCGCCAUGUCCAUCAAGUCAACGGGAAGUCAGCUCUCCACUUCGGUGGCCACCUCCGCGGCGACAUCGUCCUCGGACUUGGAAGAUGCGGACACAUCCCGGACCCAUCCGAAACCCUUAGAGACAUCAGCCUUUGCAUCCGCAGAAGUGGCCGCCACACCAAUGUCCACUGCAGCCAGUCCCAGCGCGAAAGUUACACCCAUGCGUCAGAAAAUCGACCAGGUGGUAAUCAGUCUGGUUUCGGGAGCGGCCGCGGGGGCGCUGGCCAAGACUGUCAUUGCCCCGCUGGACCGCACCAAGAUCAACUUCCAGAUCCGCAACGAUAUUCCCUUCUCGUUCCGCGCCUCACUGGUCUACCUGCAGAAAACCUAUGCCAACGAGGGCCUUUUGGCUCUGUGGCGGGGGAACUCGGCCACGAUGGCCAGGAUCGUUCCCUACGCCGCCAUUCAGUUCACGGCCCACGAGCAGUGGCGUCGCAUCCUGCAUGUGGACAAGGACGGCUCAAACACCAAGGGGCGUCGGUUUUUGGCUGGUUCCCUGGCGGGAAUUACCUCCCAAUCGCUAACGUAUCCUUUGGACCUGGCCCGCGCGAGAAUGGCAGUCACAGACCGAACUACUGGUUACCGGACACUGCGACAGGUCUUCACAAAAAUCUGGGUGGAGGAGGGUCCGCGGACGUUAUUCCGUGGCUACUGGGCGACGGUACUCGGUGUGAUUCCCUAUGCGGGCACCUCGUUCUUCACUUACGAGACGCUCAAGCGGGAAUACCUCGAAAUGGUCGGUAGCAACAAACCCAAUACUCUAGUCUCGCUGGCUUUCGGGGCUGCGGCAGGUGCCGCUGGUCAAACGGCCAGUUAUCCAUUGGACAUUGUGCGGAGAAGAAUGCAGACGAUGCGGGUGAACGUGGCCAGCGGAGAUCGCUAUCCAACCAUUUUGGAGACGCUCGCAAAGAUCUACCGCGAGGAGGGCAUCAAGAACGGCUUCUACAAGGGUCUGAGCAUGAACUGGAUCAAGGGUCCUAUUGCCGUUGGCAUCAGCUUCUCCACCUACGAUCUGAUUAAGGCGUGGCUCACAGAGGUGUCCCAUUUGAGGAAUGGGCGGUCCGAAAAGUAGCCCCAGCCACAUGUCAACCAAAAACACCGCACCAAAAACGCACUGCUUUGUUCUUAAGUCUCGUGAUCGAUGAAUAUGUUGAGGAGAUAAAAGUGCAGCACCGACAUGCUCUAACUGUUAGAUAUUUUUAGCUGUUAGUUUUGAGGGAGAAGCGAUAAAGAGAAGUCACCCUAAGCGCUUUACUUUGUUAUUAACCGUAAUUGAUUUAUUAUCGCCGUAAGCCGAAAGUAUAUCAGUCAAUAAACCGUCUGAAUAAUGACUCGCCUGGCCCAACUACUCCCCAGGAUUUCGUUCCAGGGUCCAGUUCGUAUUCAAUGGUAUUUCUUGGACAAUAACUUAACCGUACAUGCCACUUGUUUACUUCUAGGCUAAUCAUUUAAAGAUUUACUCUAAACAUUUUGUAUAUUGUAUAUUUCAACCUAGAUGUCAAUGCCAUGAAUUUAAGGGUGUUCACCAGCGAAACCAUCUUAUGCAUAUACUGUGUACUACUUUGUAAUUCUUAUAUGUUAGUGUGUUUUUAUUAUUAAAAUUUACAAAAUUGUUUAAAA